AUGCUCACCGCAUCCCGGCCCCCGUCCGUGCACAGCACGACCACCGACGGCGACCCCUUCAGCCAGCUCCUCCGCCCCCCCGCGACCGAGACCGAGCACGAGCGCGUCGCACGCCUCCAGCGCGAGGCGGACGCCAAGCGUGUCAGCGAUCGUAUCGACGAGGACCUCAAGAUCGAGCGGGAGCGCUUGAGGAAGAGCAAGCAGGACAUCAGGCUGCUCCUUCUCGGCCAGGCCGAGUCCGGCAAGUCCACCCUCCAGAAGCAGUUCCAGCUGCUCUACAACCCGCAGGGGCUCGACGAGGAACGCCUGUCCUGGCGCACCGUCAUCUACUUCAACAUCGCCCGCCCGGUCCGCCGGAUCCUCGAAGCCUUAGAGGCCUAUGGCGACGGCGAAGAUGUCGACGACGAGAUGGCGAUGGACACGCAGCCCUCCGGCAUACCCGCUUCCGAAGGUGCGGACCAGAGAGUGCUCUCUCCCGCGCAGGCAGGCCUGGAGAAGAAGGUCGCCGAGCUCCGCGAGCGCAUGGCCCCCCUCCUCGCCGCAGAAGCGACCCUCGCCGACCGCCUCUCUGGUGGAGUGAACGUGUCGGGCUCAGGCAAGGGCAGCGUCUUCGUCCGCACCGGAUGGCAGUCCAAGACCUUUGGCCUCAACUUCGGCAGGAGUCGCGAACGCACGAGCAGCGGCGGGCGCUCCAGCUUCACCGGGCGCUCCUCGGUCGAACAGCAAAAAGGCGAAGUAGAGCUUCAGACCCGCCAGAUGACAGAAGAGGACAAGUUGAUGGCCAAUGUGGGGGCCAUCCUCAGCGCCUGUCAAGGAGACGUCCGGGAACUGUGGACGCUGCCCGCGGUGCGCAAGCUGCGCGAACGUAGGCGAUUCAAGCUCGAAGAGUGGGCAGACUACUUCCUCAACAACCUCCCUCGCAUUUCUUCAUCCGGCUAUAUCCCCAGUACUGAGGACAUCCUUCACGCACGCAUACAGACUAUGGGUGUCGCGGAGCACGUCUUUGACAUGUCUGUUCAUGGGCGCACAGUCCGCUGGCACAUGUAUGAUGUUGGUGGUGCCCGUGGCCAGCGCCAUUCCUGGAUCCCGUACUUCGAUGAUGCGACCGCAAUCAUCUUCCUGGCUCCAGUCAGCGCUUUCGAUCAGUACCUAGACGAGGAUCCGAGAACGAACCGAGUGGAUGACUCGCUUCAAUUGUUCAAGCAGAUCUGCUCGAAUGCUCUGCUGAAACGAGCACAUCUUGUUCUUUUCUUGAACAAGACCGAUAUCCUCAGGCAGAAGAUCGACGCCGGUAUCAGGGUCAACAAAUACAUUACUUCCUACGGCGACCGUGCGAACGAGUAUGACGCUGUUGUAGCGUACUUCAAAGCGCACUUUACUCAGGUCCACCGGAGAAACAAUGAGAACAACCGCGUGCUGUUCACACAUCUUACCAGUGUUGUCGACACCAAGGCCAUGCAGAGCAUCAUCACUGAUGUGCGGGAUUCGAUCUUCCGCGGCUACCUCAAGUCCGCUGCUCUUGUUUAA